AUGAUUGCCACUUCACCCCUUAACCCCGCGACCACGGCCCAGUGCCUUUUUAGUAAGAGUGACGAUAUGGAAAAAGCAUUUAUUCAUCUACCCGAGGAGUUACUCUUCCUGAUUGCAAAUUUUCUAGAGAAAGAAAAGGACAUCAGUUCGUUAUCUCGAACUUGCCGAAAAUGCUAUCUUCCCCUCAACUCCUUCCUCUAUCGCCACAAUUCGUUGCUAGGAAGUUCCGCUUUGCUAUGGGCGGCCCAGCGGGGGAUGGAAAUGACAGCUCGUAUCUGUAUUCGAAAUGGAGCUUAUGUUGAGGUUACUGAUAUCUACGAUCACGACAGAACACCACUAUUCUGGGCCGCGUACAAGGGCUACGAGGCUGUUGUGAAACUCUUACUUAAGACCGGGCGGAACGGUCACGAAGCGGUGGUGAAGCUCUUACUUGACACCAGGCGUGUUGAUGUUAAUUUAAAAUGCGUCUACGAGACACCGCUGUUCCGGGCCGCGUAUUAUGGCUACGAGGUAGUAGUGAAACUCUUACUUGAAACCGGACACGUUGAUUUGCAGCCAAAGGACGACCCCAGUGGUUGGAUACCGCUGUAUGUCGCUGUAUGGUAUGGCUACGAAGCGGUGGUGAGGCUUUUACUUGCGACCGAGGGUGUUGAUGCAGAUUUAAAGGACAACAACGGCUGGAUACUGUUGUUGCGAGCUGCGCAGGCGGGCCACGAGGUGGUGGUGGAAUGUUUACUUGAAACUGAACAAGUUGUUAUGCAGCCUGAGGAAGGCCCCAGCGAUUAG